AUGACCGAUACCAACACGAAGCACUGCGCCAUGUGCACGAAUCUGAGCAUGAACAACUGCACGGGUUGCGGCGCCAUCCGUUACUGCUCAAACGUGUGCCAGAAGGCCGACUGGACCGUCCAUAAGCUGCUCUGCAGCUCCUUCGCCGCCGGCUUCAAGGACAUUCAGCGCCCCAGUCCAGUGCAUUAUCGCGGCAUCUUCUUCGCAGAGGAUGAAGAGAAGCCUCGAAUCGUUUGGGUACACAUCAGGAGAGGUCUAGACGGAGAGUUCCAGGUCAACAUUUUGCCUAUACUUGCCAACCCUGUCGGCAUGCAAGUCCGAAAGGAAGUCGAGAUCAGCGUCCUGCUCAAGCGUCCGCUUGACAAGGUCAUCUUAACCGCAUUCCGCGACCGGAUUCAAGAGACCCACGGCCAACCACCGAAGAGCCUUGAGAAGAUCGACAAAGAGCUAGGCGAGAUCAUGAGGGGCCCGAUGCUCUCAUAUGGCAUCGAAUAUGUUAACGACAAGCCCGACAAGCCCGCCGAUCUCGAUCUCGAAGACUUACGACAUCUCGUGGAUAACUUUCGCAUUAAGUAUGACAAUACUGUGCGAGCGUAUUAUGGAGAGAUCAGCAGUCAGGGUAGCAGGUGUGUAAGAGUGAGUUGCGUUGGCGAUCAGAUCGUCUUCGGCGCCCCAGAAUUCGAGGCCAUCACCACACACACAGGCCUGUUCACUCCUACAAACGCCACAGUCAUCUAUCCCGUCGCAAAAGCACUCGGCCUCAAACUCAUACUCGCAAAGAGCCCGUCUGCGCUCAGCUGGCGCGGCCGACGCUUCGACGGCAAGCUAGCUAGCGGAGCGCCGCACUUCAACUUGCUCGUGUCCUAA